CUCAAACCGGCUAACCCCAAACCCAACCGUACAUGCAUGAAGAAGAUAAUGGGGCUUGGAACCAGUUCAAACUCCAAAGUCCACACUCUGCCUGGAAAAAUUCAUGAAAUCCUCCAUUUUAAAAAAUUAUUAUCGACCAAAAAAAGAACUAUAAAUUAAAAUUAAAGAACCCAAAAAAGGAAGAAUGUCCGCUUACUCUGUCUCAAAAUUAAUCAUUACUGAUUAUCUUUCAUCGGCAACCCAAGCCUCAGCUAAUCCUCCAAAAUUCCCCUGUUUUUCUCUUCUCCAAAAAUCUCUUUCCUUUCCGCGCUCUGUUUCUCACUCCCAAAGGAAAAUCGUAACCUUUGUUUCUUCUAAAUCAUCAGAAGCAGAGGAAUUGCCAACCGCGGAAGAUGAGUGGCUCAACAGACUCCCAGAUAAGAACAAGCCCCUUUACUCUCACAGCUUGCCUUGCAUUGAAGCAUGGCUUAGGAGCUUAGGGUUUUGCCAAAGUAGAGAGGACCGUGCUGUUUGGUUGAUUGAAAAACCUGAUUGGCAUGCCCAGUUGUCACUUGAUGUCACUGAUCUUUAUAUAAGGUACUUGAAGAGUGGACCUGGGAAUCUUGAAAGAGAUGUGGAAAGGAGAUUUAGUUAUGCAUUGAGUAGAGAGGAUAUUGAAAAUGCAAUUCUUGGAGGACCAUGAAGACCACUAGUUAGUUCCUGCGCAUGUAUAACUUCACUCAAGCAGUUGCAUAGUGUUUAAGAUGUCAGUUACUUUUUCCACUUCCUAAACUUUGAAAGUUUCAUAGCACUGCAAUCUUCUAUCUCUGAUCCUAUUCAUUUUCUCCUUUCUGGGUGAAAUUAUCUGCCUAAUUUUUCUUACCCAACUCGCUAAGGUCACAUGAUGAUCUUGUCUUAGUCUCUUAAAUUAUUGAGCUAAGCAAGUUAUUGGCAUUUUAUGACUGAUUGAUGCACAUUUUAUCAAAGAUUUCAGAUUGAAGGAUACAUCAUCCAUUAUCAUCA